AUGCAGACCUCAAUCACUCUCUUCUUCGCCAUCGCCAGCCUCUUGGGCUGCGCUUUUGCCAAUGUGGUCCCAUUCGAACGCUUGAACAAAAAUGACUCUUUGCUGCUCAUCCUCGACUUGCAGACUGGCUUGUAUGGCCUUGCCCGCGAUUUCGACCCCAUGCUGUACUACAACAACAUGAUUGCCCACGCAGCUAUCGGACAGCUCUUCGGCAUUCCAGUCAUCCUUUCGACAUCCGCCCAGAGUGGUCCCAAUGGCAACUUGCCGAAAGAGAUUCUGGACAUGUACCCAGAUGCUCCUCUCAUCGCCCGCCAGGGCGAGGUCGACGCCUGGGACAACGAGGAGUUCCGCGCUGCCAUCAAGGCCACUGGAAAGAGCCAGGUCAUCGUGGCUGGAAUCACGACCGACGUGUGCACGACCUUCCUGGCACUGUCGCUUCGCGCAGAGGGCUACAGCGUGUGGGCCAACGUUGAGGCUAGCGGCACGACCACGGAGCUCAUUCGUGAUGUUUCCAAUGACCGAAUGGCCAGAGCAGGAGUUCAGCUCGUGUCGCUGUUCGCGAUCGUUUGCGAUCUGAUGCGUGACUGGCGCAAUACUCCAGGAGCUGCGACUGUGAUUCCAUGGCUGCAAAAGUACUAUCCGGUCUACGGCGCUUUGGCACAACUGCAUGGCGGUGCCGUCGAGGAUGGUGUAAUUCAGCCGGGAGAGGAUGUUCUCCUGCCAUGA